AUGCCGCAUUACCGAAGAACUGAGCACAUAAAUACCCCUGCAGCGCCCGGCGAAAAUAUACAGAUCACAAUCGUGCUGCAACUCAUUCCGGCGCUAUGGAUUGCCGGCUUGACCCUAGCCCAAGCCCUUCGUCGGCACGGAGUCCGGUGUACAGUCUUCGAGCGUGAUGAGUCUUCCGCAGUGCGUAACCAGGGGUGGGGUGUUUCCAUCCACUCCACCCUGACUACGUGGGAAGCGCAUAUUUUGCCGGAGAUCUAUGACGGUGUCUGCGAUGCUCAGGUCAAUCCUGCUAUCGGCCGUGAUGAAGUCCGCGGAGUCCCUUGGAUCAACGGUGCGACUGGAAAGGUCGAGCAGUCCGUCCCGGAAAGCAAGAGACUGAGGCUGAGACGGGAUGGAAUCCGGAACGCUCUCAUGGAAGGUGUGGAUAUCCAGUGGGGCAAACGACUUGCCAAGAUCGAAAAGAUCGAAGGUGGUGUUCGCGCCGAGUUCACAGACGGCUGUAUUGUUCAAGGAGAUGUCUUAGUCGGUGCAGAUGGCUCGACCUCGGUCGUUCGCAAGUUCCUCGCACCGACAUCGCACGAGCUGCAUCGUCUUCCGAUCAAUGCCGUGGGCUGUGCUCUGACCAUGACUGAAGAGCAAGUCAACUAUUUCAAAGACAAUGUUGAUCCGCUUUAUUUCAUGGGUACGCACCCGGAAACAAAUACCUUUGUCUUCUGGUCUCUGCUGGACACCCCUACAGCCCCCGGACAGCCCUACCGCGCCCAGGUAUACUUCUCAUGGAUUGCAUCCGACGCGGACGAAGAGCUACUCAAGCAGCCCUUGCUUGAUGUGUUCAAACAAAAGGGUCAGCCAUUCUUCCCCCGCUUGUGGGACCUAGUCGAGUCAUUGCCUGAGGAUACCGUUGUUACGAAAGUCAACCUGGUUGACUGGCCCUCCGUUGACUGGGAUAACUGGGAUGGUACCUGCACUUUGAUUGGCGACGCGGCUCAUUGUAUGGUGAUCUACCGCGGCGAAGGUGUAAACCAUGCUAUUGUGGAUGCCUGUCAACUUGCGGAUACUAUCAAGUGUGCUGCAGAUGGUGAGAUGUCCAUGGGUGAUGCUGUCAGAAGUUACGAGAAGCAGAUGCGUCCCCGUGCAAGAGAAGCCGUGGAAACCAGCAGACAGGCUGGUCAUGAUGGUCAUAACUAUGCGAAGGUUGACAAGGAAGGAAGCUUUGCUUUACUCGGCGAGAAGCCUGUCUAA